GACCCGGAAGCGAAGGCGGCGGCGGCGGUCGGGGGCGGCGCAGUGGCCGGAACCCAGCGGAAGCCUCCGCGCGAGUUAAAGCGACGCGCAGAGUUGGACACAAACAUCACAAAUAAUAAACAAUAACAACAACAACAACAGCAGCAGCAGCAACCAAACACGGCCCUGCCCGCCGAUACCGUCAAUUGCUCCUGGCGUAUCGACCCCAUCCCCCCCUCUCUCUCUCUCUCACCACCACCACUCAUCCCCUCACUACCACCAAUCGCCGCCGACCAUUGACAACCCACCAGGCCUCGGAGGAGCGCUGACACAGCGAGCGACGCGUGCAGCACCUGGGUACGUCGCGACACCAUGGACGCCCCUGGUGGGGAACCCCUGUCUCUCGACAUCCUCAUCACCAACGUGGUGUGCGUGUUCCGCACGCGCUGCCACCUCGACCUGAGGCACAUCGCCCUGGAGGGAGCCAAUGUCAUGUACAAGCGCGACGAAGGGAAGGUACUCAUGAAGCUCAGACGACCUCGAAUCACGUCGACCAUCUGGUCUUCAGGGAAGGUCAUCUGCACGGGAGCCACAAGCGAAGAGGACGCGAAGAUUGGGGCGCGGAGGUGCGCCCGAUGUUUACAAAAGCUGGGCUUCAAGAUCCGAUUCUGCGCCUUCAAGGUGGUGAAUGUGCUGGCCGUCUGCUCCAUGCCUUUUGAGAUCCGUCUUGUGGACUUCACCAAAACACACCGACCAAUAGCCAGCUAUGAGCCGGAGCUGCACCCGGCCGCAACAUACAAGAUAAAGUCCUUGUCGGCCACGCUGCAGAUCUUCUCAACGGGCAGCAUCACCCUCACAGCGCCGAACGUGUCCCUGAUUGCGCAGGCCAUAGAGCAGAUCUACCCGCUGGUGUGUGCCUGCAGAAAGGUCACGUGAUUGUCGUCUCUCUUUCGCUCGCCUGCAACGAAAAGGAGAGGAAACGAAAGUGACAAAAAUAAAAACUACGGAGAAGCAGAGACGCGAGAACACCGCAACGGAGGAAGAAAUCACGACGAGACAUUACACGCUACGGAAAUAUUCAAAAGCAGCUCGAGAAUGCAACAAAAAAACUCUCUCUACGAAGACAAAUUUCAACGGCGUUCAAACGCAGCAACCACGUGUGCAGUGACCCGGAGCAGCAUGAACAUCUGUUUACCAACGAGCAGGACAGGUUUACAUUCGGUAUAUAACUUGCAUUGCUCACGUCGUUGAAUAACAAAACAUAUUUUAGGGGUUAUGGGGGAGAUGUUUUAGAUUUCUGAAUGAGCCAUUGCUUGUGGGUGUUUUAGUCUUUUGUCAUUUGCCGUACUGUGUUGUUUUUUUUGUUUUAACCUCUUAACACGUGUGUCUCAUUGCAUUGUAAUCACCUCGCCCCCACCGUGUCUUUUAAAAGCAUUUCGUCGUCGUUUUGCGCUUUCACACACGGCGAAGCGAAGUCUGAAAUUUAGAAGUUGCAUUUUGAGCGACGCGCACACAAAACCGCUUCGGUGUGUAACGUGUGACACUUCUUUUUGAAGGUCCCCAUCGAAUCGAAAAAUAACCUCACGCUUUGGAAGUUCGGAGUGACGUUCGGCUGCGUAUUGUUCCGGAAGUGGGUCCCUCCCCCCCCCCCACAGCACAGCAUGAAAGCAUUGAGAUACGGUAAAUGUGGCCAAGAUAAACCAGAUAAUGUGGCUGUGGAUACAGCAGAGAGUGGGCUCCUGAAAUGUUAUAGUUUAUUCAAAGAAAAUAUACGGAACGAGAGAAAUAUCAUCAUGUGAUUUAGACCAGCCGGUCGUGGAAUUUGUCCUCAGUCCGGAGAUGAAGUCUUUAUUUCAAUCUUGAGGGGGCUUAAUUUCCUGGAAACGUUUCCAGCAUUGGAAUCUGGAUAAACGGCUGGCAGUGGUGGGGAAACCUUUCUGGAAGCAAAACGAGGUGGCGCUUGUCCCGAAUGUUGUGAAGCAUUCAGUCCACUGCAGGGAUGUGGUGUAAAAAGACGAGCAGCAAAAGGGACAUGAACAUCUCCUUGCGUGCACAGCUGAACGAUCUAGGUGCUUGGCUUAAAGGUAAGGGAUUGUAAAAGGCACGUGUUGUGUUGCACUGACGCCUGUCUUCCCAGUUGAGAGGACCCAACCCACCAAAUGAGGUCGUAACCCCCACACCACCACGUUUCGGCAUUUGCAAUGGCUUACAGAAAAUAAAGUCUCAAAAAAGUGGCUUUAAAAGAGCUACAUUUUAAGCGUCGGCCAGUGAACAACGAGAGCGGCCGUUUUAGCCACCGAUUAACACAACUUUUCAGCCCCAACAACGCCUUCGGUUUGGGAAUUUCAGCUCGGCAAGGGGCCUGGUCAAUGCCGCCUUCCCACGCGUGCGAGCACAUCGCUCGUGACGGAAACUCGUGCACGUCCGCCAUCGACGGUGGAGUCAACCAACUGCCACCGAUCCCUGCCACCGUCGAAAUGUCACUAAUUCCGUGGUCAUUUAAAUUCGCGAAGCAAUAUUUUCGUUUCGGCCCUUGUGGUGCACAUUGAAUCUACAGUGGUAUUGGCAUAUACAAAUAAAACAUCGAUUAGUACGUGCACAAUUCAAUGCGUUGUAUUGUAGUGAGUAGAAUCCGUUUCAGUUGAUAUAAAUGCCAAAUGCUUGGCCAUUUAAAACUAUUUAAUGAUCUGCGUUCCUGCUCAUGAUCACGUGGAGCAGCUCCAGCCCUCUGCCCAGCCAACACGAUUGUGCUGUGCUCACAAUAAUAGUUUAACUUGGAUUGUAAUAAAGUUGUGGUUAGUUUUUUCGUAGCAACUUAUUGUGUUUUUUACUUGCAUCGUUCUUUGGGGUGACAUCUGGUUCUGAGGAAAUAAAUUUGUGCUUUCAUUUACGACGUGCAUUACAUUCGUAUACGUUGGUCGAUGUGGAAGGGUGAAUGGACGUUAUUCCGCAGGAUUGGAGUUGUGAAAACAGCUGAAUUCCGAUUGAAACAUUGAUUACUUCAACUCCUGCAGUUAAUGGAGUUGUCAAAACCUAUAAACGUAACAUUU